AUGAAUCUCUUUCUUGUGUCAUUGGUGGUUCUGUUAGUGUUGGAUUUUUCCCUGCAAGAAGAGAGCAAAACUACAAAGUCUGACAGUAUCAGGGAAAGCAGUUUUCUUCGACAGAGGAGUUACAAUUUGCUAUGGAGUAUUGUCAAGGAGGGAGGUUAUCGUGGACUGACAGAGUGCCAAAAGUUAUUUCAGAACGAGAUUUGGAACUGCUCAUUGCACGACAAGAAUGUAUUUCAGAAGUUACCCAUCUUUUUUAAAAGAACUUUGCCCCACGCAACUCGAGAAACAGCUUUCCUUCACGCCAUCAGUGCAGCUGCUAUUACUCACGAACUCACUGUUCAGUGCAGACAGAACAGAAUACCCGGAUGCAGGUGCGGAAAAACAAGAAAACAACCAAAAGGAAAGAGCGACUGGCAGUGGGGAGGAUGCAGUGAUGACAUCAAGUUCGGAGAGAAGGAGACGAAACGGUUUAUUGACAGACUAGAGAAAGGAAACGACGCUCGUACAGCGUUCAACCUGCACAAUAAUCAAGUAGGAAGAAAGGUGGUCCGCUCAAAGAUGAGAAAAGAGUGUAGAUGCCAUGGCGUUACCGGAAGCUGUACCGUGAAAACCUGCUGGAAAGAACUGGCCCUUUUUAACGUGAUUGGACAGGAGCUAAAAAGAAAAUACCGUUCAGCCAUUCGGGUGUCAUUCAUUAAUAGCAAACUUCACAGACGAGACAACAACCGUGACAGACUGGUGACCAGGAAACAGAAGAAAUUGGUUUAUCUUAACUCGUCCCCAGACUUCUGCGUGCGUAAUUCGACCGCGGGCUUACCUGGAUUGCGAGGAAGGACAUGCGUAAGUGACCUUGAUUCCGAAGAAAAGUGCAGAUCGCUAUGUAAUUCUUGUAAUCUGCCACAUCGGACAGCAGAACGUCACAGGCAGGUCAAAUGUAGAUGUAAGUUCGUGUGGUGCUGUACUGUUAAAUGCGAAUUAUGUACCGAAAAGUAUUCCCUCACAACUUGUGGAUGA